AAGGAAGCAGGCACUAUCACACUGUAGCAAGAGAAUCUCAAAAAACGCAACAAAAAUUUCACCGGCUCAGCAUUUCUCCUGCCCUUUGCGUCCCUAAUUUUCCUCGGAAAAUUUCUUGCAGCCCCAUGAUUUCCGUGCGAGGACCGAAGUAAAAGCCCGAGCAUUCUCUAAUCAUCCUGGAAAAAAAAAUUAAAGGACUAAGACUUGCAUGCAGUUAAAAUUAUGGCACAUGAUACACGAUCUAGUCUGAAAAUGAAGGAUGAUGAGGAUAGUAAUUCAAAAGGGAGGCAAAUCAAUAGUAAAGGAUCAAGCACUUCAGGUUCUGGAGCAUUGGAUACAACUGGAUUAAGGAGGUCUGCUAGAGAAACAUUGUUGAAGAAAAACAUAACAUUGAGCCCUUCUAGUACUAGGAAGUCUGAAAGACUCGAGAAAAAAAGUUCUGAAACUCCUCCAUCCAAGAGGAAAUCUGAGAGAUUUGAGAAGAAGUUGACUCCAAGUCCAUUGAGGAUUUCUAAUAGAGUCAAGAAUCACUCAUCAGAUUCUUCUAGGUCUAAAAAAUCUGAGAAAAGCUCAGGUUCAUCAUUUAUGAAACGGAAAGGGGAACAAAAAGAGAAGAGUGUGAAAGAAUUGACAGAAGCAACUAGAGAAGUUAGCAAAAGUGUAGGAUCUGGCCGUGUGAAAAACAAGAUAAGAAAUGCUCGAGCUUAUAAGGCACUAUUCAUGAAACAAAGAAAGAAGUUUAAAGCACAAGGUCACAACGAGGAGCAGAGCAGGCAGAAUAAAGUUUCUGAGGGAGGCGGCAACGAUUGUGGAGGCACAGUUCAUGGGCUCUGUAAAGGCAUUGAAGCAGUGGAAUCUGAUUCCACUGUAAAUAAAUUUACAAAAGAAACAGUGGAAGAUAAUCAUCAGGGAGGGGACUUGUCCCGCUCAAGCCCAAGGCCUAGCUCCAUGAAGGAAGCUUCUGAGUUUGGAAAUGGUGAUGGCUUAGAAAUUUGUGGUCAACAGCCACUGCCAUCAUCCUAUAAUGCCAUGACGAAAGAGAUCAGUGAUGCACCUGCAAGGGUACAUGUGGAUUACCCUGGUGAGGAACAAUUGAAGAUGCUAGAGUUGACAGGUUCUACAGUCAAUGGAAGUGUAGACAAUCUCCACAUGAGCUUGGAAACUGGUCAUUGUGUUACACCUUCAAAGAGAAAAAGGAACAUGGAGGAUGAGGGUACCUAUUCUUCUUCAGUUAAUGCAAGUAAAUAUGUCUGCACCUUGAUUGCUGAUGCCAUCUCCCCAUUGCCAUCUGGGUCCACAACGGAUGCUUCUGUUGGGACUUGCGGUGUAUGUUUGAAACGACGAAGGGUGGAAAAUGAUCCAACGAAGCUAGAGUGUUGCUCUUGCAGCACAAAAUUAAAGCAGGAGUUAUGUAGUACAUAUGGAACUGAGGUGCAUCCUGAUAGAGGAGAACUCACAGCUGAUAGUACCACAGAAAUUCCUGAAAAGCUUAAUGGUAUGCAGCAAAAGGAGUUUUCUGUAGAUCUUCAAACAAAUGGCGACCAAAAUACAUGCCUCAUCUGUUCUCUUGGUGGGAAGCUCUUGUGCUGUAAUGGAAAAGGAUGCUGGACAAGCUUACAUCUUUCUUGUCUAGAUCCUCCUAUGGAUGAUGUUCCUCUUGGACUUUGGUACUGUCCCAUGUGUGUUAGAAAAAAGUUGGAAUCUGGUAUAUAUUCGGUGUCAGAGGGAAUAGAGUCAAUCUGGGAUGCUAGAGAAGUAGAGGUAUCGAAUGUUGAUGGAUUGCAAAAGAGGAAGGAAUUUUUUCUUAAAUACAAGGGUCUUGCUCAUAUUCACAACCAAUGGGUACCAGAAAGUAGAGUUCUUCUUGAAGCUCCUACUCUUGUGGCAAUAUUCAACCGAAAUAACCAGGUCACAAGGUGGAGAAAAGAGUGGACAGUUCCACAUCGGUUGCUACAAAGGAGAUUGUUAAUGUCUUCCAAGCAGCGUGAAAACUAUCUUGGGGAACAUAUUGGUGAUAACUUAUUUUGUCAGUAUGAAUGGCUUGUGAAAUGGCGCGGUCUUCAUUAUGACGAUGCUACUUGGGAGUUAGAGAAUGCUGCAUUCUUUGAUUCACCUGAGGGUCAGGGCCUUAUAAGAGAUUAUGAAAGCCGCCGGCAGACGGUCAAGAAGUCCUCUAAAAUGGAUAAGAUACUUGAGAGAAAAAAGUGUUCAACUGUUAAUUUAUCAGAACUGCUAGCUGGAGAUUCAUCCAGACUUGAUAAUACAUGUCUAGAGAACAUUAACAAGCUACGCGAGCUCUGGCACAAGGGUGAGAAUGCUAUUGUUGUUGAUGAUAAGGAACGAAUUGUGAAGGUGAUUGCAUGUAUUAAAUCUUUGCAGUCUGAUGCCUAUCAACCUUUUCUGAUCAUCUCAACUCCUUCUACACUUCGUUAUUGGGAUGAUGAGUUCUCCCGUUUGGCACCAUCUAUGAAUGUUGUGGUUUACAGUGGAAAUAAAGAUUUACGGAGAAGUAUUAGGUCAAUAGAGUUUGAUGAGGCUGGUGCCAUUUUUCAAGUACUUGUUACCUCACCAGAUGCUAUUAUUGAGGAUAAAAAUGUAUUCGAACACAUAGGAUGGGAAACUAUCAUAAUUGAUGCGUGCCAGCACCCUACAAUCUCUACACAGUUGGUGCAGAUUAAGAUGCUACGUACCCGUAAGUGGCUUCUCCUGGUCAGUGGAGUACUUAAGGAGAGCAGUCCUGAGUACCUCUGUUUGUUGUGUCUCCUUGAUUCUGACAGCAAUUCACAAACUGGUGAUCACUUCCUAAGCAGUUGCACUGACAUUAUUGUUAAAUUAAAGGACAGGCUUUCAAGGUAUAUUUCUCAUGGAUGCAAACAUGACUCUCCCAGGUUUAGAGAGUAUUGGGUUCCUGUACAGAUAUCAACCGUCCAGCUAGAGCAGUACUGUGAAAAUUUACUGUCAAACUCCACAUUAAUUCUCUCAUUGGCAAAGAAAGAUCGUGUUGGAGCAGAUAUAACUUUAGCGGACAAAAAUUUAUCAAAAAAAGCACUCCAUGAUGUAACUCUAGCUGCUCGGAAGUGCUGUGAUCACCCCUACAUUGUGCAUCCACCAUUACAAGCCUUGCUUACUAAAGACCUCCAAGCAGCUGAGUAUUUGGAUGUAGGAAUCAAAGCAAGUGGCAAGCUUCAGCUUCUUGACAUGAUGCUUAAGGAGAUAAAGAAUCGAAGUUUAAGAGUACUUAUCCUGUUCCAGUCAAUUGGUGGUUCAGGAAAAGCGUUUUCUCUUGGAGAUGUUUUGGAUGAUUUCCUGCGCCUAAGAUAUGGUGAAAAUUCCUAUGAACGCGUCGAAUGCGGUGUCCUUCGGUCUAAGAAAGAUGCUGCUAUGAACAUUUUCAACAAUAAGGAGUCUGGUAGAUUUGUGUUCUUACUGGAGGCUCGUGCUUGUCUCCCCAACAUCAAACUGUCCUCAGUUGAUACUGUGAUCAUAUUUGGUAGUGACUGGAUUCCACAUAAUGAUAUAAAAGCCCUGCAAAAGAUAUCACUUGAUUCCCGGUUUGAACACAUAAAAGUAUUUCGCUUAUAUUCAACUUGUACGGUGGAGGAGAAAGUUCUAGUGUGUGCAAAACAGGGGAAGAUUCUUGAUAACAACAUACAGAAUAUGAGCAGUAGUAUGCUUCUGUGGGGGGCACCUUAUCAACUAGAUAAACUAGACGAGUUCCAUGGCUGCAACAGCCCAGCCUCUACUAGAAAUAUCUUGUCUGAAGAAUCACUUCUGAAAGAUGUCAUCCAGGAGCUCUUCUCCAUACUUCCUCAGGAUGGCGAGAACAGUGGCUCAUGUAAUUAUUCUACGAUUUUAAGAGUUCAACAAACUGGAGGAGCUUACAGUACGGAGGUUCCGUUGCUAAGCGAGAUGAAAAAUGAAUAUACUGGUGAAGGGCAGCCUCUUAGUUUUUGGACAAAAUUGUUGGAAGGAAAGCAUCCUCAGUGGAAAUAUUGUUCUGGUUUGUCUCAGAGGAAUCGGAAACGGGUACAACCUUUUGAUGAGUUACCGAAGAAACAAGAAAUUGUAAAAAAACGCGGGAAGGUUGUAAAUGGUAAUGAUAAUGCACCCCAUCUGAAGCCUGGAUCAGAGGUGAAAUCAGUUCCUGGAUCCAAGGAAGGAACUUCUGUGGCUGCAGCAGAUAAUUUGCCUCAUUCUUCUCACCAGUCAACUGCUUGUGCAAAUAAAGUAACUGAUGAAAUUCGUGAUUCCACUUCAGAUAAUGUGAAUACUCCGGAAAUUAACACGCUUGAGUCUGAAGAGAGAAGAAAAUUGUGUGAUGCCCAGAAGAGUCUCCAUCAACUUCUGAAGCCAGAUAUAUUAAAACUAUGUGGAAUCUUACAAGUCUCUGAUGCUGUCAAGGUUAUGGUCGAACUUUUUCUCGAAUAUGUAAUGGGUAAUCACCGUGUUAAUAGGGAACCAGCGACAAUAUUGCAGGCAUUUCAGAUAUCUCUGUGUUGGAUUGCAGCUUCAUUUCUGAAGCAGAAAGUUGACCACAAAGAAUCUCUUUCACUUGCAAAGCAGCAUCUUAACUUCAAUUGCAAAAAGGAGGAGGCAGAGUAUGUUUAUUCGAUGUUGCGGUGUCUGAAAAGAACAUUUUUGCACAGUAUAGGCGCUUUUAAGGCUGCAGAAUCUCCAAAGCUUUCUAAUUUAUCAAGUAAAGAUGUUUUGAAGAAUUCGGAUGCGAAGGCUUCACAGUCAUUAACUUCUAACUUGCAGCACAUCAAAUCAGACGUUAAAGACUCGCCACCGAGUCAAGAAUAUUUUGCACAAGAAGAUGUCUCAAAAAGUAUUAAAGAAAUUCAGAAAAAGCUCCAGAAGAAGAUGAAAAAACUUAUUGAGAAGCAAAGCAAAGACAAAAAUGAAGUUUUGCGAACUUAUGAGGAAGAAAAGGGGCGUCUAGAAAGAGAGCUUAAAGCAGAGACAAUUGUUAUUCGAUCUUGCUUUCAGAAUAAUACAUCAAUGAGAACGGAUAAGCUUAAGAUGUUGGAAAAGAAAAUAGAAGAAAAUGACAACCAGAUGGACCUACGUCUUGAGCAUCUUGAGGUAUCACAGCUGGAAGCAAGGAGUAAACUGAGGGAGAUGGGGAAACGAUGGGUAGAGGAAGUGCAAUCCUGGGCUCGUGCUGAAUUGUUAGAUAGAUCACCCUCAGGUACACUUGACCCUUGGUUGGAAUGCUCAAGAACUAGUGAAUGUCAAAGUAGUGAAGAUCACGAAGAUCUUGCCACUUUAAGAGUCCAUGACUUUGAUAGUAUUGUGCAUAGCGUGGCGGGGGGAGUUAAAGCACCAUCUCCUACUGCAGAAAGUGUUCCUGCUGAAGCUGUAGCACAUAAUGUCCCCAUUAGAACUGAGGAGACCCCAGCUAGGCCACGUGGUGCAUUAGGUAUUACUUCUGAGGCGGCUUCAUGUACUGGUUUCAUGGGUAAAAACAAAGCUGAAAGUUCUAGUGAUGUUCAAGAGAGUUUUGUAUCUUUGAAUCCUUGUGCCAAAACGCAAAUUACUGAUGGAGGUACUGCAUGUAGUGGGGUGCUGGAUGUAUCUGUGAAUCCUUGUUCAAGUCAUAGCUCACAAAACGUCGUUUCUGUGAGGGCACCUUCACCAGAAGAACAAAACCAUGUAGCGAAGCGAACCAUGCCAGAUAAAGAGAUCGAAUCAGGAGUGCUUGAGACUGUCAGUUCGAAUUAUGGACAAGGGAAUCUUGUCUCGGUGGAUCCACUUGCUGAAGGACAGAUGCUUGGAAAAGUGACAGAACAUGAGACUGUCAAUUCCAGUCAUGAUUUGCAUGACGUUUCGGUGAGCCCACCUUCAUCUGAAGGACAAAUCCAUGAAUUGACAGUAACAGUACCAGAUAAAGAGGUUCAUUUGGGCGUGCUUGAGAAUGUCAGUUCCAAAGAUAGCUUGGAAAGUCGUGUCUCUUUGAAUGCACCUUCAUCUGAAGAAGAAAUCCCUGAAAAUCAACAGAACAUGAGCCUGUCAUUUCAAGUCAUGGUCUCCACCAUGUUCCGCCUAUGUCGCCUGCCUCUGAAGAACAAAUCCAUGAAGUGACAGUAGCCAUGCCAGAUAAAGAGGUUGAUUUGUUAGUGCUGCAGACUGUCAGUUUAGAUGAUGAGCAAGGGAAUCUUGUAUCUGUGGAUCCACCACGACCUGAUGAA